AUUUCACCAAAUCGGAGAAAAGACGGCGAAAAUGGAGGAACAGAACGCUGGAACCGGUGCCGGCGAAAGCAGUUUGUUGGAUGGAUCAGGUCACUGGUGGUGGGCAUUGGGAAGUGGAGCCCAAAUCAUGUGGGGAAUACGAUUGAUUCGGAGAGGUUACGCCGGCGACGUUCGAUUAAUGCCGCUCAAAGCCUUCGGUGUCGCAUCACUCUUCGUCGGGUCGUUAGCCACCAGCUCCGUCGCAUUAGUCCGCGCCACGGGGAUCCACACGGUCAGAUUCUCGUAUUGAAAUCAGAUUGAUCUCUAUCUAUCUUAUGUGUGUGUGUGUGUGUGUGUGAGAGAGAGAGAGAUUGAUCGGAUCCAAUUGGUGGUGAAAAUUGAAACAGGUUCAAGAUGCGAUUGAUCUUGGAGCCAACAUUAGAACCAAUUUGGGGGUUACUCCUCAAAUACCGGAUAAGCAAAUCACCGAGAGAGACGGGUGAUUUAUCAUGAACAGAUCGAGCUUGAAGCUCUAUCGGAAUUACUGUGAGACGAUCAUGGAAUUAGGUCUCUGGUAGAUGAUUCCAUAAUUAUGUAUGUUUUAUAUAAGAUAAGACCAUAAUUUAUAAGGUUUUUGGGUUCAUAAAAAUCAGAUGUUAUGUGAAAAAUUAAAAGGUUAUGUGCUCUGAGACUCUGAUUGGUUCAAUAAAUCAUAUCUCAAGAUUGACGAAA